AAUUGAGUGUAGAAAACUGAGCUUCGUGUAAACACAAGGUCACCGGGGAUCAUAAUUUCAAACUCUCCCCUCCCCCUCACUCCCUCCAGCCACCAAGGUAUAUGAACCCCGAACUCACAACAGGAACGUGGACUCAACCGUAGCCUUUGUGGGAAGGGGGUGAAGAUUCUUGGUAACUGCUUCAACAAACCAGAGGAAUUAAUUAGAUCUUUGAUUUUCUCCGGAGGCGCGAAGCACUAGGACGUUUGAGGAUCUCCGCUCCGCUUUGCCUGGGACCAGGAAAAGACGCGAGAGACGGAACUCGGCACUAGGCACUGCUUGGGGAAGGAGGAGAGUAGGGUAGACCAAGAAAGAGGACAGAAAGGUAAGCACCAGCCACAAAAUCCUACAAAAGAAGUAAAUUACUGUCUUUAAAUAUUAAAAAAAAAACAAGAUCCAUGAGUGGGCAUCGAUCAACAAGGAAAAGAUGUGGAGAUUCUCACCCGGAGUCCCCAGUGGGCUUCGGGCAUAUGAGUACUACAGGAUGUGUAUUAAAUAAAUUGUUUCAGUUACCAACACCACCAUUGUCAAGGCACCAACUAAAGCGGCUAGAAGAACACAGAUAUCAAAGUGCUGGACGGUCCCUGCUUGAGCCCUUAAUGCAAGGGUAUUGGGAAUGGCUCGUUAGAAGAGUUCCCUCCUGGAUUGCCCCAAAUCUCAUCACCAUCAUUGGACUGUCGAUAAACAUCUGUACAACUAUUUUAUUAGUCUUCUACUGCCCUACAGCUACAGAGCAGGCACCUCUGUGGGCAUAUAUUGCUUGUGCCUGUGGCCUUUUCAUUUACCAGUCUUUGGAUGCUAUUGAUGGGAAACAGGCAAGAAGAACCAAUAGUAGUUCUCCUCUGGGAGAACUUUUUGAUCAUGGCUGUGAUUCACUAUCAACAGUUUUUGUGGUUCUUGGAACUUGUAUCGCAGUGCAGCUGGGGACAAACCCUGAUUGGAUGUUUUUUUGUUGUUUUGCUGGGACAUUUAUGUUCUAUUGUGCACACUGGCAAACGUAUGUUUCUGGAACAUUGCGAUUUGGAAUAAUUGAUGUGACUGAAGUGCAAAUCUUCAUAAUAAUCAUGCAUUUGCUGGCAGUGAUUGGAGGACCACCUUUUUGGCAGUCUAUGAUUCCAGUGCUGAAUAUUCAAAUGAAAAUUUUUCCUGCACUUUGUACUGUAGCAGGGACUAUAUUUUCCUGUACAAAUUACUUCCGUGUAAUCUUCACAGGUGGUGUUGGCAAAAAUGGAUCAACAAUAGCAGGAACAAGUGUCCUUUCUCCUUUUCUCCAUAUUGGAUCAGUGAUUACAUUAGCUGCAAUGAUCUACAAGAAAUCCGCGGUUCAGCUUUUUGAAAAGCAUCCCUGUCUUUAUAUACUGACAUUUGGUUUUGUGUCUGCUAAAAUCACUAAUAAGCUUGUGGUUGCACACAUGACGAAAAGUGAAAUGCAUUUGCAUGACACAGCAUUCAUAGGUCCAGCACUUUUGUUUCUGGACCAGUAUUUUAACAGCUUUAUUGAUGAAUAUAUUGUACUUUGGAUUGCCCUGGUUUUCUCUUUCUUUGAUUUGAUCCGCUACUGUGUCAGUGUUUGCAAUCAGAUUGCGUCUCACCUGCACAUACAUGUCUUCAGAAUCAAGGUUUCUACAGCUCAUUCUAAUCAUCAUUAAUGAUGUAAUUGGUAUUAUAUAGGAACACCAUGUUUUCUGCAGGAAAGAAUCUGAACAUAUUAAGGAGAAUGGGGGUGGAUAAGAACAAAUAUAAUUUAUAAUAAUCAAUGUUGUAUAACUUUUAUUCUUUAUUAUUGGUAACACUCCCUAACUAUCCUGUGUGAGAAUGGGAAUUUCAAGUCCCAUCUUGUAAAUUGUAUAUGUUAUCAUGCAGCGUUUGGGCCAAGAAAGCAUGCAGAAAAAAAUGCCAUGUGAUUGUAAUUAUCCUGGAUUCAGAAUAACAUUGUGAUGGGGAGCCAGAUCCACAGUGGUGGAGAGUUCUGAUGUUGACUAUUUGCAGGCCAAAAGAUGAUUGCUUUAUAAUUUUAACAAAUCAUCGUCUUUUAGUAACAUCCUUGUUUAGUGUCUUCUCAAGCUUUCUUUACUGAGGAGUUCAGCUUGUGACACAGAUACAUCCCACUAGCUUGUGAGGUGGAACUAGUAAUAAAGACCUUGAAUUUGGAUUGAAAGGUUUCCUAUUUUUACAUUGUUGAGGAAGUUUUGUUGUUUUUUUUUUUUUAAUUGCUCAAGAAAUGAUUCUCUCACAGGCUUGGGAAAUCCUGUUAGCAUGCAGAAUAAUGUGGUAACUUUGUCAAUUUCCCAUUUUAUUUUUUUAAAUAAAUAUAUGAUCUGAAAGCCAACUUUUUCUCAGUUUUAUUCAGUGGAAAGAUAAACUAAGUUUUAAUAUUAUUUUUUUAAAUUUAAGCAAAAUUUAUUUCUGUUCUUUAAUAAAUAAGAAAAUUUGGUCCACUGCA